AUGCGUAUUGUAUUCGUGCUAUUGUUCACAUUGAAUGGCUUCGUGUUAGGCAAAGAAUGGACGGCAAGCAAUAUGCCAGAUCCGCGGGAUAAAAGCGGCUACAAGAAGUGUAACAUGAAGUCGUUGAGCAAGGUGUGCGAUCCAGACGAGGUGCUAUCAUCAACGGAUCGUUAUCGUAUCAACCACGAAGUGAAUCAAUUAGCUCAACGCACAACGCAUUCGGGUGGAAACUUCUGUCAAACCAAAGGAAUUGAGUCCAUUUUAGUGGCUGUGCAAUCGGGAUCUCAAAAACUGGCGAACAACCUGGCUAAACAGUGGAAUCUCGAUCAGCAGUGCAAAAAGUCGGUUAUUUUCGUGUUGUCGACUCAGGAUCAUAAAUUCUACUAUUCGGGUGAAGAUAACACUGGAUUGAGUUAG